CGCAACAUUAGUUCGUCGUAUUGUGCCGCAGCGAUCGGUGCGUUGUCAGGAGGUUGUGAGACGUCUGUUUUGUGUGCGUGUGUGUGGCGCGUCUAUUCGGCCACAUCGUUAUUGUUGUUGCUGCUUUUGUGUGGUGUUGCGGAAAGUGGUGUGUUGUGUCGGCGGAGGAAGAAUCAUAUUUUACCCCAUGCUGGUGAAAAUCGCAGAAAGAAUCACCCGCCUCUGAAGAGUGAUUGGACCGGUGCAGUAGCUGGUCGCCGUUGAUCUUUGCUUUGGGGUGGUGCUGUGUUCGGUGUGUAGUGACGAGGAUUCGUCUUCCACAAAGAUGGCGCACGGAUGGAGCCUGUUUUGCGCGCGAAUGUGCGAGUGUGUGUGAGUGUGGAGUGAUGGAUUCAACACCGUGUCAUUAUGAUGAGCGCCGAUCCGGUUGCUGUGAUGAUGAAGAUCGACAUUGAUUUCCAUCGCAGGAAGCCGAUAUGAAGAAGGAGAAAAGGCUCCCUUACAGGUCUGCAAAAAACCCGGGCAGCAAACCCCAUACUUCAUUGAGUGUGUAAAGUGUGUAAGCGUGUGUGCGUUUUGUAUGCGAUUGUGUACGCACGAAGAAAAAAAAAAGGUGCGUGAUCCUGUGCGUACCCUGACAAGGCGCAAUUCACAACGGUGUGAUUAACUAAUUAUCUCCCGUGUUAGUGUGUUGCGUGCGUGUAUGCGUAUUUAAGUUUCGGUGAAUUGUUUGGAAAAUUGCAUCAUUUUCCUGACGUUGGCGUCUGUCGAUACACGACGGACGUCCACUGUGUGGCGGACGUGAUCACCAUUAGCACGCGUGCGGAUUGCUGCAUCGUCAAGCAUAUACUGUAAUCGAUCGAAAUUGAACACCGGAUUUGGAAGUACUUCGGGCCAAAACGAUGUGGAUGGGAAAGGGACGUCCCACCUCAACACGAGUUCCGGUAGACUCGACGUCGUCCAAAUAGGGUGCCCUGAGCCCCGACACAUCGUAUCAAAAGCGAACGCCAGGUCGCACCAGCUGAAGGUGAUCGAUUUGUUGCCGCCGAGCAAGCUGCGCAAGGAAUGCAAUGAUGCAUAUCAAAAGCAGUCCCACCACACCGGUGGCUGGUGAGAAGCGGCCCAAGCCCCAGGACAAGAAAGAACCAGCCCAGCAAGAAUCGCGCAAGGUGUCCAGUUUCAUUCAGCGGUUUUAUCUGUUUGGCAACAACACGAGCACUCCGCUCGGUGGUCCGGAGCCAGAACCCGACGCGCCGAAGGUUAAGAAGGCGAAGGGUGCCGAGCAGCAGCAGCAGCAGCACACGGUCGACGCUAAGCGAGAUCCAAAGUCGGAAGCAAGAUCUUCCAGCGCUGAGAGUACGGGAGGAACGCAGUCCGCAUCGUCCGAUGCGUCUGCAGAUUCGAGCCCGGUGCAGUAUCCUUCGUACAGUGUACAGCGGCUGCGACAGUUUUGGAACAAUCGGCUAUUGGCGGGAUCCAAUCAGCCAACCGUAACGGGAUCUUCCAUCGAUACGUUGGUGAGAAAAGCGAAAAGUGCCACGAUUGGAGCACCAACCGGAGCAGCCGCUCGUACUGGCUUGCGAAAGUCACCGUCACCGAAAGCUGGCACUCGAUUCCAGCGCAACGGCUCGAUCACACGUUCGGGAAGGCGGCGGUUAACAUUAGACAGCUCCUCCGAUAGUGCUCGUAUCGCACCGAACUCCACCAGUCUUCGAUGCGCACAAGCACCGAAGCGGACCUCUCAUGCGGCACUGCUAAGCCCUGACCGAGAAGGCGGCCAGCGUGCGCUGGUAGAAAAGCGUCCGUGUGUAGGAUCUCCUCCUGUGGCAGCUGGAGCAACCGUGCGUGACUCGUUCCCACUCGCUGUAUCUACCCCAACCGGUAGCCAAAUCCAUUGGGCACGGCGAACGGAACUACUCGGGAUUCGUGCACUGUCCAAGCAGGAAAAGAAAACCGCUAACAAAAUGCCACUGCGCGUUGAGAACUAUGUGAACAAUUACAUCGAUGUGGACAUACAGAGCGUUGGCGAGCAGGACAGGUCGGCAAAGGAAGUGCAACAAUCGACGCCCCAAGAGCCUCGGAAGGAUGUGGUUGAGAAGCUGCCACCGAUUUCCCAUCCGGCAGCCCCCUCUGCCACUCCCGUAGCACGACCACCCAAUACAUCUUCCCUGGGACGCAAGGGUAACACUCCAACGCGUAAGAUAAGCUUCUUGAACAACAUUUCCCCCUACAACCGGAAGCUGCUGGCCUGCAAUGGGACUAAGGUGGCCGCGCUGACGAGUAAAUUCAACCAAAUGAUCCAGCAAGACGCCGGACUGCUGGAGCAGGUUCAGAAGCGUGGCGGAUACCUUCACAAAUGCGGCAACGUCGCAUACAAAGUAAUCGAAGACCCCGGGACCGAUGGAGGCUAUGGGUUCACGUCGUCGGGCCGCAAUAGCGGAGCGAGAAGCAGCUUACGGAAGAAAAAUUCGAACGCUUCCGCGACCUCGACCGGUACUGCUGCUGUCGCUGGUGGCAACCGGACAGAUGAAAGCUCGGACGAAAUUUCGUCCGUGUCGAGCAAGAAUUCAUCGAUCCGCAAAACGGGACUGCGGAAGCGGCCCAGUCUGAGGAAGAACAUCUAUCGAAGGCCGGAUUGGGAGGCGGGACGAGGUUCGCUCGGUGUGCGCAUAAUGUUGGAGAUGUUCGAGCCCAACCUGCACCACCAUGCCCGUGGAAAGCGAACGGACAACGGUGGUGACACGGGAAAACCACCGCCGGGACGAAGCAGUAAACCGAAAGUACCGGACAAAAGCGAACAGGUGUUGCAGAAAACGAGGGACAUUAGGUCGAAGAAGGUUGCCGGUGAGCUUGGGGAAGGAAAUGGUAGAAAGACGCGAAACGAUCCCGCCCCGACGACUGGUGCGGAUGUUGGAACGCGAGAGGAAAGUGUUGUAGAUGGCGGAAGCCAAGAAGUAAUCGCUGAAGAAGCGCCUCCAUCUGUCUCCGGAGAAUGCAAUACAUUAAACAAUAGUCAGAAAACGAUUGUCACACCAAAGCUAACCAGAACGCAGGACGAUUCGUUCGUGCUUCAACCUUCCAGCAACGGCUCUCCAGAUCAAUCCAUUCCAGUAGACGAAUCUGAAGAACGGGAGGCUCCUUCGACUGAGGACAAUAGUUUUGGGGAACUUUAUUCUACAGUUCCUGCCUACGAUCGGAUCGCGUUUGAAGAAACUGCUGCUGCCAUUCCGAAUGUCACGGAGGUAACUGCUGUUGUCCUCGGAAAUGAAGCUCCCGAGAUAGGCAAGAGUAAGAGCCACGAGCGUCUUCCAGUUCGAUCGUCUAAACAAUCUUCCGCGGAAAACUCUUCUCCAGUAGGUGAGAAACCGGAAGAGAGUGCAUUCUUAUCGGAAGAUGACAGUAGUGGCGUCGGUCAGCAGUACGCAACAUACAGUUCGAUAGAAAAGGGAAACAGAAACCCUGCCGAGACAGCUGUCGAUGAGUCGCACACUCCACCAAAGGAAAUCAAAGAGAAGAAGAAAAGCAAAAGCACCGUGUCAAAAAUAUACGAACGCUUGACGUUUCGAUCGUCCAAAAAGAUAGUGCCGCCGGUCGAGAAAUCCGACGAGCUUGUAAUCAUCAGAGAAGAGGACAGCAGUCGAAAGGCUAGCGCCGGGUUGCGCCGGUCCUUUGUGUCAUCGAUCGAAAUCCCAACGAUGCAGCCAGAUCCAACUCCAGCGCUUCCGUCACCAAGUCAACCAACCCCACCGGAAGCGUCGACCGAAAAGGACAAUUCGGAACAGAAGAUCCUGGACGCGAUCAGUGCCGUUAGUCAGCGGAUUGUUGAUCUGUCGAAAAGUUUCAACGAUUUAACGCUCAGCACCGACGUGACCGCUGAGCUCGGCCAGGACAAUACUCCACCGAGUGCCACCGGAGAAGAUGUGCAGCAAAUGCGUCCGAACGCGUCCUUUCUUUUCCGUGGCAUGGGAGCAAGCGGGCCAGGAUUCGGCGAUAAGGAGAGCAGACACGCCAGCCAGCGGAACAUUGUCGAAGCCGUCAAUACGGUUGUUAUCAACAAGUCUAUUUCGAUGGACGAUCAUCAUUUUCCGUGUGCGCGCGGUGAGACUGGCAGGCUGAGUCUGAAUGAACGAUCGCGCGUGCAGCGCUGCGUGGACGAUGGUUACGAGCUGGUCACGCGCCCGGAAGACAAGUUCCCGCAAGCGGCAGUACCUGCGUUUUGCUCCACUCCCUCGAUUACGAUCGAUCUGACCGAGCUAACCAGUAAAAUUGAGUCGUUCGUUCACAAAUCGAAACGAGAAUCGGAUAACAUUUACCAGAGCAUUCCAACAAAAGCUUCUACCGAGGGAAAGGAUCGUCUGCUUCCCGAAGACGCCAUCAGCGUGAACAGUUACGAAUCGUUCGAAAACUACGAAUCGAUCGAGCACGAGAUCUUGUCGAGCACGCGGAAACAGAACGCUGAGGAAGCAUCGCGAGAGGAAGACACGUACGAGAUCUGUAGUCCACCGCCGGAAUUGCCACCCGCUCGGGAAGACAAUCGAAACGAUCUAACCCUACCCCAACCAAAGCGCAAUCUGUCCACCUCACCGAAAACACUGCCCAAACACCUGCAGGUGACCUAUCAGUCGAACUACGAGCGGAUCAAGUACAGCAAAAUCCCGCCGAGACCCCCGAAACCGGAAGAGAUCCCUCUGCCACCGCGUAACAGCUCCACCACGAGCAUUGCCACCCCGACGCCGAAUGCAUCGCUGGAAAGUGCUUCUUCCUCGACGGAGACGGCACCGAGCCCGGGUGCAGAUUUGCUGGCCAAAUCACCCCACGGACGGGAAAGCAUCUACGAGGAGAACAUCUACGACACGAUCCGCAGUGCGGACGGUGUCGACUACGACGAUCCUGCGUGUGGUGGAAGUUCCGCCGAGAUGGAACCCGUCCAAGCCGCCAGCAGCAACCCACCGAACCGUGGCGGCAGACCACCGUCACGGGCGACCAGACAGCAGCCCUCUCCACCGGCGGACACCGUAUCGCUCGUAUCGUCCAACUGCUACGAGUCGAUCGGUUCGCGGCUGGAGUACGAACGCAAUCUGACGCUCACGCGGCGCAACAUGGCCGGUGGUUCGACGACGACGCUGGCGUCCGAUCAGAUCACCAACAGCCUGUACGGUACCACGGCCGGACUGGCAAGCUUAACACCACCAAGUGAACGUGGUAGUGACACAAGCAACAACAGUGCCGACUGGACCGACAUCUCCGACGAGGAUGAGACGGAGCGUGCUGACCUGGUGGUGCCCGGGACCUCGGGAUCGAAGCGACCGAACUUUAUCGUUGUGCGGGAGCGCAAGCGGACUCAUCAUACACCGUUAAGGUCGCGGAAACUGGCUCGCAUCUCGCACCCGAAGAUAGACGACGAUUCCGAUCAUCACUACGAAUCGCUGUACUCGAUCGGCUCGAACGAAGAUCGUUCCCGGCAGCAGGAUGCAAGCUACCGCACGUCAUCGCACCAGGCCGACGGAUCGACGGUGCUGGCGGGCGGUGCGGGUUCCAAUUUCCAUCAACACCGAGCCAACGGCGAUCCAACCGCGGCCAUCCUCCUACCCAACGACGAUGAGUUCGACUCGUUCGACAGUGACGACACGGAGGAGGACUUUGAGGACGAGGACGAGGAGCGCAACCGUGCCCGGACGGACAGCGGGGUGGACAUACGGAAUGCGAAGCUGCCCGACCCACCGCCCUCCAGCAGCCAGGUGUACGUGCUGGUGCAGAAGAUCAAGAAUCUCGGCACACUGUCCGAGAUCGCGAAAAGCUUCCACAAACUGUCGAAGAAAAAACCAACCAAAGGCGCAACGUACGAGAACGCUGCUGGCACCGUGACGCUGGCUCCGAAACACCCCGGCAAAGGUGCCAAAUCUUCCCCGUCCAAAUCGUUCAAGCUACCGAUCCCUUUAGUCAGCGGUGGCGGCGGCGGCGGCGGUGGUGGUGGUGUGCCGAAACCACCGCCCGAGGACUACGAGAAUGCUCCGUACCCGUUGGCGGGUGGUGGUGCUGCGCAUCCGGUGCCGUCUGGCUCGUCCUUGCUGCUAGCUACUUCGCAAUCGUUAUCCUCAGUGGCCGCUUCUAACCCGCCGUACGCACCCAUCUCUAGUCCUCUAGUGCCGGAGCAAUCGCUCGGCGGCUCGUCGUCCGCCGGCGUGCGCAGCACUAGCGAAUCCAGCAACGUAAGCAGCAACGUGCCGAAACCUCGUAACCAGGAGGGCGGUGGUGGUGGUGGUGGUGGUGGUGGUGGUGCGCCCGCCGAUACGGCGACCCGCAAAAAGUCCAAGAGUACCAAAUCGUUGCGCUCGAAGCUGCGCAAAAGCCUCGUGUCCGAUUCGACCAGUCUCAACAUCGGCAGCUCGUUCAACGGGUCGCGCAGCACGUUUUACGUGACGUCGGCGGAUGUCGAUUCGGGCAUAUUUAACGGGUCCGAGGGUUGCCUCAAUCCACCAGCUUCCGGCAGCAACAGCACGUCCCAGUCGGAGAUGCUGUUGGGAUCGUCGAAACCGGUGGAGGAUAACAGGAGGAAAUCGAUUGCUUCGGCCACCGGCACCACGAGUCAUCAUCGGCCAAAGAUUCCUCCUCCGCCACCGCCGGCCGAAGCAAGCAAGAGGGCGGCCGUGUCGUCCUCGCUAUCGCCACUGCUGGUGGGCACCAAGUCAUCGAACAAGAAGCUUGGGGCCACCUCGUGGUACGCCGAGUGUGGCGUCUUUAAGCAGCCGCACUCGUUCGGUACGGGUAGCGAUCAGUCGCUGAGUGGCGGCAAGGGCAGCAGCAUUAGUCCUCGAAGCUCAUUGCCACCGAAGGACGGUGUUGGCGGUGGUGAUGUUGCAGGCGAUCGGACGCUGACGAACAAUGGGCACACAUCGGCCUCGUGGUACGCAGACAUCUACCAAACCAGCGGAGCGUCGGUGGCGAGCUCGAGUGAAAGCUCCGGCGUUUCGACCGGUGGAGAAGGCGGACCCGGCGACGAUCACUCGCACAGCAUGUUCGUCAAUGAGCCACUGUACCAGAUUUACAAUGCUGCCAAGCUGGAAUCGAUCACGCGCGACAUUGAUGCGGAGAUUAGUGGCCGCACGGAGUCGGAGCUGUACGAUGAUGGGUAUGAGAAGAUAGCGGAACGCAACCGUCGGCGAACGGCUGGCGAAGCGGAUGGCGACGAGGGUGGAUCGACGAGCUCCGGCAGCUCGUCCACGGAGGGAGACGAUCGUAACGACGAGUCCUCCCUGCAUCUGCGCAAACCUUCCCGUCCAACCGCGCUGGAACUGAUCGAACCGCACAUCGGUAAGCUGCGCACGCUUUGGUGUGAGGUGCCGGAGGUUCGGAACUCGGAAAUUCUAGCAACCUUAACACCGACGGAGAAGCGACUGCAGGAGGCCAAGUUCGAGAUACUGACGUCCGAGGCGUCGUAUCUGAAAUCGCUCAACCUGCUCCGGACGCACUUUGUCAACCAUCCCGCAUUCCGGGACACGCGCAUACUGAGCUCCUCGGAGCGGAAGACGCUCUUCUCCUCCAUCAUUCCGGUGCAGGAGUGUUCCGAUCGGUUGCUGUGCGAUCUGGAAAACUGCUGGCAGGAUAACAUUAUGCUGCUCGGCCUCAGCCACAGCAUCUACAAGCAUGCCGAGAAGCAUUUCCACGUGUACGUGACGUACUGCGAGCAUCAGGCAAAGAUCGAUCGGACGCUAAAGGCGCUGCGAGCGAACAAGCCCGAGUUUGCCCGCACGCUCGCCGCGCUCGAGGCGGACCCGGUGUGCUGCAGCCUCAGCCUGUCCUCCUUCCUGAUGCUGCCGAUGCAGCGCAUUACGCGCAUGCGGCUGCUGCUGGAUGCGGUGCUGCAGCGCUGCCAUCCGGAGGAUGACGAUGAGUUCAGCAGCUGGGAGAGCACGUUCGUGCUGAUCAAUCGCAUUCUGACCCAGUGCAACGAUGCGGCCCACCGGAGCGAGCAGCUGUACGAGAUGGAGCUGCUGUCGCGCCAGAUCGAGUUCCCGACGAACGUGCGCCCGUUGGCGAUCGUGCCGUGUGGGACUGGUGCCGCUCCGAGCACCAUGCACCGGAAGCUGGAGAAACGGGGCGAGCUGGUGCACAUGCUGUGGCGUGGCGAUGAUGCGAAGCUCACGUUUGGCAAAAAGUUCUCCAAGAGCAACGUGUACGCGUUCCUGUUUACCGAUUUGCUGGUGCUGACCAAAAGGAAAAGUGAUGAAAGCUAUUUGGUGAUAGACUACUGCCAACGGGCAUUGUUAACGGUCAGCUCGGGUGACAUCGUGCCCGGGCUGCCGGCGAAGGAGAUGCAAACGCUUGGUAAAAACCUCAUCAUUAUGACGCUGUUGGAGAACCACGAGGGCAAGACGAUAGAAAUGAUUCUAAGCUGCCCGUCCGAGACGGAACGCGAGCGUUGGCUGAUGGUGACGGAACCACCGGCAUCCGAGAACCCGGACGAGAAGAUCUACGAACAGUGGGACUGCCCGCAGGUGAUAGCGGUCCAUCCCUACCAAGCGCUGCAGCCGGACGAGCUCGAUCUCGACAUUAAGGAUGUGGUGAACGUGCAUCGGAAGAUGGCGGACGGUUGGUACGAGGGAGAACGCAUCCGGGACGGUGCCGUCGGUUGGUUCCCGAGCAACUACACGAAGGAGAUCCCGUCGGCACACAUACGGGCGAAACACAUAAAGCAGCGCCACCUGCUGCUAACGUACACCUCCAAGUACAUUGACACUGCCACUAAAGCUCAUCACCAGCAGCAGCAUCAUCACCAGCAUCAGCACCAGCAGCAGCAUCAACUGCCACACCAUUAUCAUCCGCACGGCAAAAAGUGAUCCCAGCCGUGCUUAGAGUAGAGCGCAUUUGAGUUUUGAUUGAUUUGUACAUGAAAUCUAGGCUGUAUAGGUAGCGUUACUAUUGCGCACAGCUUUUUAAACCGGCCAGUCGUGCCGGAAGCAAUAGUAGCUCUUAGUUUAGGGUAAGAAGAUCCGUCGGUCCGCGUAGAGAGAAUAUCAUUAGUGUGUACACCCUGUACAUUUGUAGAUUUAUUUGUUCCAUGCCACAUUUCGUUCUAUCUAAUCGUUAUUGAAUUUAAUGUGAAAUAAAAUGUUAUUGAAUUUAA